AUCCCGCCGGUCCCCGCUCGCCGCUGAACGUAUGUUUUGAGUCGACUGCUGAGUGAAUACAUGCUACAUGUGCUCGCAACAGACCUCUACACGAUGGCGGAUACACAAGAAAAUAAGCCCAAGGUUCCGUUAACAGGAAAACUUCCUUCGGUUCCUGAGUCAGUACUCAAAAGAAGAAAAAAUCGUCAGGCAUCUCAAGCCCAUCGUCUACAAGUGACCAUUAAGAGGAAAGCAGACCAGGCUAAAAAGAGAAGACAAACCUUAAAGACGGCUGAACAAUUUGUAAAAGAACAUCGUUUAAAACAGAGAGAUAAUUUGAGGAUAAUCAGACAUACCAAAAAAACUGGUUUGACGACUGAAGUUCCUAAAAAUAACGAAUCGAAAAUUGCCUUUGUUAUUCGUAUCAGAAGUACAAACCAAGUCUCACCUAAAGUGAAGAAAGUAUUCCAGUUGUUACGUUUGAAGCAAACAAAUACUGGAAUAUUCUUAAAAUUGAAUGAAGCCACAAGAGCCAUGCUCGAUGUUGUUGAUCCAUACAUCACUUGGGGAUACCCCAACCUUAAGUCAGUGAGGGAACUUGUACAGAAACGUGGAUUUGCUAAUAUAAACAAAGAAAGAGUUCCAAUCACUGGAAAUGCCAUGAUAGAAAAAGAAUUAGGUGAUAAAAAUAUAAUUUGCUUUGAAGAUUUGAUUCACGAAAUCUUCACAUGUGGUGAAAAAUUCAAUCAUGCAACUGGCUUCUUGCGGCCAUUCAAGCUUAAUAAUCCAAAUGGAGGUUGGCGCAAAAAAACUUUGCCUUUUACCAAAAGUGGAGACUAUGGUAAUCGUGAGGAUCAAAUUAACGAACUGAUUAGGCGAAUGCUUUAAAUCAUAGGAAAUGUAUAUAAGUCCAUAACUAUUUUGUAAAACCGUUAAUAUGUUAGUGCUUACUUUUUAAAAGUAGAAACCUGAAAAUGAUAGAUGUAUGUUUUUAGAUAAUUAUAUAAUCAUUUUUGUACAUAAAA